UGAACUACAUUGUUUAAUUCUGCUCAGCACCAUGAUAAAGAGAGGCCCGGGCGGAUCGGUUUAUAUCGGGAUUUAAAGAGGAUCGAGAGUUGUGCGGAGUUAUUUUGGGAGUCGGUACUUUCUCUCUCUCUGUCUGGCUGUUUUCACGGUAAUAAUACUGGACGGGGAAGGAAAGGCUGCUUUGAGGAUACCGGGAUCAGUCAAAUAAAUAAAAGAAGGGAUUGAUCGAUUGUGUGCAGCUGGACGCUGGCAUGGCUGAAGCAAGAAGCGGGGAGGAAGACGAGAGUCUGCGGGAGAACAGCGGAGCUGCGAGGAGAAACCCCAGAUCCAGCAGCGCAGCUACAGAGCGAGCGGAGAGGAACAAGCCUGAACAACGCCUCAGCACUCAAGGAGCUCUCUCUUCUAUCCGGGCAGCAAUCAAAAGAACAUCGACCAGAACUGUUCCACCUGAACAAAACCGAGAAAGACGUCGUCCAGAGAUCACCAUUGUUGCAGCUGAACCACUAGCUACAAACACCUGGUUUCAAGCAGCUUCAGGGGCAUUUUCCCCUCCACCACCCCCUCCUGCACAACCAUCCUGGACUAGCAGAGUUACAGUACAGCUCCCACCACCCUCGUAUGAACAGGUGAUCAGAGAAAAGAGUCGGGAACAGAAUGUUUCCACCUCCUCUGUCUCUGCCUCGUCCUCCUGUUCUUCCUUGACCUCCUUACCCACCACUCCACGCAUGACCUCCACCAUCUCCACACAGACUGACACAGAGUCGGCUGACCAACAGAGCCACACCAAACUCCCGAUGCGUCCGCCCCCAAAACCACCACGUCCGUCCCUCCCUUUAACUCCCAAACCUGCUGAUCCUGCCCCUGUAUACACACAGACUCUGAUCGAACUGGAUGACCAACCCUCUUCCACUCACAUUCCAACACAACGUCCCAGCAGUGACAUCCUGAGUGAAGCUCUGUCAGAGCGAUCUGAUAAACAGACUGAUGCCAGUAAUGUUGUUGAUCUUGCAUCCCUGAACCCUUUGACCCCUUUCCUCAUCAACUCUUCCCAAGUUACACACAGUUCUUCAUUACAAUGCCAAGUAAAGCCAGAAGCAUGCCCGAGGCCGCACCCUCGCUCCAAAACUGUCUUGCAGCCAGUUAUUCACAAUGAGGUUGUGGCUCAGGAAACAACGAGGGAUGUCAAAGUUCAAACCUUGGUGCGCUUAAAAGAUGAUGCAGAGAACAUUUUUGAUGGAUUUGCUGACACAUCCUCUGACUGUUCAUCUAAUAAGUACCUCCAGGAACUGCUGGCUGCUUUCAGUUGUGAGGAAGAAGGUGACCAGCAUGACAAAAGUAACACGAGUGCGGAGGAGCAAGUCAUCAUUUCCCCUGUCGCAUCCCAACCUAUGGACCCCUUAAUAAGACCAAACCCAAGACCAAGAACUAAACCCCCAAAACCCUCUGUUUUACCAAAACCUUCUAACCUUACACAGGCAGUACAGGUGACCAAAUGCACCUCAGAACAUGAUAACCAGAUAUUGAGCCCUCCAGUUCCAGCCCCCAGACCUAUCUUGAACAAAUCCCCAACAUCCCAGGAUCGGGGGAAUCGAACCAAGCUGAGCCGACUUCCACCACCCCCCAGACCUCCACCAGCAGCCAUCAGGUCUACAACUCCCACCCAGACAGAAGAGGAGCCUCCUGCUCAUCGAUCUGCAGCAGUGUCCUUCAAAGAUCGGGGCAAAUACUCAUCUUUAGAUGCUCCUGAAAAGCCUGUAGCAAUCACUCCACCCAACAGAGCCAGUCGAAAAUGUCCAGCCAAGCCCCCGCUUCAAAGGAGGCCUCCAACCCUAUCACACGCUCAUUCACAGGAUUCUGUUAGCGCUGUAAGCCUUUGCAAAGUGUCAACUUCUGGCCCCUCACUACCUCCUAGACCUAGCGAGGGUAAGCUGCUGCCUUUGCGUCCUCCACCAAUCAAGAUAAACAAAUCAGUGGAGUCCCCUCAGUCACCUGCUCCAACCAGUGAGCUCCCCGGGUACAGGGUACCAAAGCGAGGACCACCUCUACCACCCAGACCAAAGCCAGGCCAUCCUCUCUACAGAGACUACAUGGAUCUUCUGAUUCUCAAUGAUGAACCUACUUUCAUACAGACACACAACUGUUCUGUAGAGGUGAAGAGUCAACAUGAAGACCUGGUGUUAGACGAGGUGAGCAGUGAGCAGAGUCAGGAGCCAAAGGAAGAACCGAAGGAGGAGUGUCAGACAGAUUCGAACACCAGUGUCAGGUUUGUGGCCCAGUUUGAAUUUGAAGGUGAAGAUGGCGAGCUGUCGUUAUGUGAAGGGGACGUUAUCACAUUAAUAGAAGUUGUAAAUGAGGAGUGGGGUCGUGGCAGCCUCAAAGGACGGACGGGGAUCUUCCCUUUAAAUUUUGUACAGGAAGUUGAGAAAGAACCUUCACCACCAAGAAAAUCCACACCAAAACCACCUGCGCCACAUGUGUGUGUGGGAGAUGGGCAGACUGGCACAGCACUGUACGAUUUCACUCCUGAGUCUGAGAAUGAACUCUUCCUUAAGAUGGGAGAUGUAGUAUGCCAUCUUGAGGAUGUGGAUGAGGAAUGGUUUGUUGGGGAAUUUGCUGGGCGACGUGGUAUUGUCCCCAAAAAUUUCAUCAAGGCGCUCAAAGACCCCAAAACGCUGUGCUGACUGAUGCAGUGACUGUUAGUUCAUUUUGUUUACAUACUGAAUGGAAAUAUCAUGAGGUUUGUGUUUACUGCCCGAACAAACUCUAUCAAACGCACAGCUGGUGGAAACGUUUUACUCACUCUGGAUGUUUGGUUCUUCAUUUCGUUGUAUCUGUUCUGUUUAUUCAUCAGUGAUUUUUCUUAAAGAAAGACAGAUGAUAUUGUUGGAGUUAAUGUAACUGACUGUAGAGGCCUAACAUUGUAUUAAUGUUUGCCACACUAAUACUGCUGGAUUUUAGAGACUUUUUAAUAGUUUUUAAUUAAUAUAUUUCUUUUUCUUGAAUCUACAGGGAACAUUUUCCCCCUUGCAUUACUUUUGGACUAAAUUCCACUGUGAAUAAGUUUCUCCUUGAAAAUCGUUUGUAAUCUAGGACUGGAAUGAAAAGCACACAAAGAAACACUAAACCAAAAUAAACCCAGAGGAAUUAUCAGAACA